AUGGCCUUGUGGGCCAAAGUUAAACAGACCGCUGGGGAGGUUUACUUUGACCCACAAAUUGGAGGAUCCCUGUUUGGUUGCCUGGGAUUUGCAGCCAUUUGUGUCAUAAUGCCUGGGUUCCAGUGUCCAUGGAGACGCCAGAGAAUUCCAGUGCAAUGCUUCAGAAGCAAAGCAGUUAAGGCAGUUGAGACGAAGCAGAUUCAGCUGAAGCAGCUUCAGAAGCAGGUUCAGGAGAAGCGGGUUCAGCAGAAGCAGGUACAGGAGAGCUAGGAGGAUGGUAUGCAUCAUAAAUACAUCACCCCAGACCUAAAGGGGGAAAAAGGCAGAUUCAUUUUCGCUAAAGGGACACUAGAUGGCAAAAUUAAACAAUCGGCUCCAUAUAUGCCCCAAACACAAAACAACUAGAAUUCUUCUAGAAGACACUAAACUAGUUCCUCUCCUUCUCUGAAGGGGAAGCAAUCCUAGGAGGUGACCUCAACCUAAAUAUGAGAGGCAUAUCCCUGAAAAACAUCCACCUUACAACCCCAUGGGCAACCUUCCUCCAAAGGAAACCCCCAACAACUAGGGACUCUUACAAGUUACUAAAAAUGUUAAAAAACUGGUCUUUACGACAUUUGGGGUGAGCAAAACCCGUGAGACACCAGCUAUACAUUCCAAUCCGGAUGCCAUGGUACAGUGUCCAGACUGGACAGCAUUCUGUUCACACAGGGUCUGAUCCCCUCAGUGGAAUCAACAAACAUAGGUAACAUAAAAAUCACAGAUCACACCCCAGUAGAAGUCACUGUUAAAAUAGAAGAGGGAACACAAACCAGCCCAUCAUGGUCCUUCUGUCCCAUCCUAACCACAAACAAAUAAAUUAGAGUCUCACAAAAACUCUCCAAAACUCCUUCAAGGAAAAUAAUGUAGACAAUAUAACAACCCCCCUCCUAUUGGACGCAAUGAAAGCGGUCACCAGAGGAGCUUGCAUAAAAGAGAAAGUUUUCCUUAAAAAACAAACCACCUCAAAAAUUAGCAAAAUACAACAAGACAUCACUGCCCUCUCAUCACGCUACAAAUAAACAGGAGCUAAAAAACUCCUUCAACUUAUACAGUGGUGCCCCGCAAGACGAAUGCCUCGCAAGACGGAAAAACCGCUAGACGAAAGGGUUUUCCGUUUUGAAGUUGCUUCGCAGGACGAAUUCCCCUAUGGGCUUGCUUCGCAAGACGAAAAUAUCUUGCGAGUCUUGAGAUUUUUUUUCCCGCUUUCCCCCCCCCUUUAUCUAAUCUGCUAAGCCUUUAAUAGCCUUUAAUAGCCUUUUAGCAGCUAAUCCCCUAAGCCUUUAAGCCUUUAAUAGCCGCUAAACCGCUAAUAGCGCUAAUAGCGCUAAUCUGUCAAUGGGCUUGCUUCGCAAGACGAAAAAACCGCUAGACGAAGACUCUCGCGGAACGGAUUAAUUUCGUCUUGCGAGGCACCACUGUAGAACAAAAAAGAGAGACCUAGACUCCCCAGAAAUCAACAAAACAAUGAUCAUUUUUUUUUUUUAUAAUUGAUAUUUAUUAAGUUUUCAAAGAGUAACAACGAAAAUUUCCAAAAAAAUUUAAAAAUACAGAAAUAACAAAAGUAAUACAAAAAUAUUGAAGAAAAAGAAAAGAAAACCCAGCCGCAAAAAAGAAAAAAAAGAAAAACAGAAAAACAGAAAUAUAUAGUUCUUUACGAUCUCCAUUAACUUCCUUUCUAGACUUCCUCCUCCUCCCCUCUCUUGUUUCUUAGUUUUUAAUUUUCACAGCAAAUCCUUUCUGUUUUUUUCAUAACAAUCUAUCAUUACGUUUCCUUAUUCUAUUUUCCCUCUUGUCAUAUAAAAACUUUAAUUCAAUAUUCAAUAUUUAGCAAAUUCUUACAUCAUUACCUUUUUACAAAUCAUUUACCAAUCCUUACUUAAGCCAUAUAAUUUCAUUCAACACCCUUCAAACAUUUAUAAACAUUCCCAAUAUUAAAAAUAAGAAAGAAAAAUAAUAAGUCAGAUUCAGUCCAGUCAGCUUCCAGCCUCCCUCCCCUGGACCCGAGAUUGUCAGUCCUUUUAACCUCAAUAAUCCGGCUCCUUAACCUGGUUGUCUCGUAUCCGAGGCCCUCAAGUCUCUUUCUUGCCCCUUUCGCCACUCUUGUUGAUAUUUCCCUUUCAGUCGUGGAGACUCCAGCAAGAAGAUGCUUUUGACUCUUUGCAGCAAGUCCAUCCCAGACCCAUUACCCAAGCCAGACAGCAGAUAAUACCAGUUCCAUUUUCCACAGAGCUUGGAGACUUCGACUACUCCAAUCUUCUGAUGGCCCAUCACUAGACUCGGAAAGUCCAAAUAACCAUAUAGAGGGGUGUCAAUCCAUCCCACCAAUUCCAAAUCUGGCCACAUUUCAUCUUUCCGAAUCAGGUUUGCCCCAAGUUCAUUUAUCAAGUUCAAAGGCUGAUCUUGCCCAUCCAAAGAUCCCUCCAUCUCUGAAGCCUCCGUCGCUACAGCAGGUUCAUAUACUUGUAUAGACUUUAACUGAAUUUCAUUUGUUUGCUGCUGUGCUCUGGUAACUUCCAUCAUCAAGGUCGACUCCUGACGCAUCUGGUCCAGCUGGGCACUUAAUUUUGCAAAACCUUCCAGGAACACUUGUUCAAGCCUUUGUACAAGCAUUGUCCUUCAAGGUCAAAGAAAAUUCUUUCCCACGAGAAUAGCCCUUCUUUUUAAACUCUCUGCAUUGCAAUUUCACUCAGUUCCACUAGAUGGAACAAUCUUACUUUUGCAACAAUCUUACUUUUUCCAGAAACACUUUAUCCAAAAUUCCCCCCUUCCAAAUUCAAGAGGCAACAGUAGAGUCAAAAUGUUACCCUUCUUUUAACUAUCUGUCGAGCUGGAUAAGCUUCAAAACGUCAGUUCUGACAGCCCGCUCCUGGUUCAGGGCGGUGGAAAAUUACUUUAUUUUAAACUCACUUCCGCAGGAUUGAAAAGACCAAAACAACCCCCUUCUUCUCCUGCAGUCAAAGGGGGGUUCAGAAAUCUUAGAUGUUGAAUUUUAGUUCUCUCAGAAUUUAAUUUUCAAGCUUUAGUAUAAUUUGUCUUUGCUUUCUUCACGUAACAAAAGAACGGAAGGCUGACUUCCUGUUUAGACCUUUCCGUUCCGAGCCCCAAUUAAAUUCAAUUUCAAGUCCAAAUCCAAUGCUAUUUAUUUAUUCUCCAAUCUUAAAAGUAGUUCAGCUCUUCCAAGAUCAGGUACUCACGGAUAGAUGUUUUAGAUGCCAAAUUGUCCAGGAAGAAGGCAGCGCUCUCCGAAACGGCAGUGCGGCUUUGCUGCACGGAGGAAGCAGUCGACUCACAGCACCACGCACCUCCCACUCCGGAGCCCGUUGCCGGGCUCCUGUACAAGGGGAGAGAGCGCUCUCGGUGCCCGCCGAGUCCCACGUCCACAGGCUUCUUCCGCCUGUGGUUUUAAAGGGUCCCCGCUGCGCCGUAGCGGCAGGACCCAAGCCUCCGUGCAGCGGGUUCCCUUCAGUUCGAAGGGAAUUCCGCCAUUUUCCGGAGGCGCCACCCCGGAAGUCCCCAACAAAACAAUGAUCAGCAUUAUAUACUCUAAACGACGCUUCUAUGAAUACAGAGGGGGAAACUCCAGAAUACAGUGGUACCUUUGGAUGCGAACAGGAUUCGUUCCGGAGCCCCGUUCGCAUCCUGAAGCGAACGCAACCUGCGUCUGCACGUGUACAUGCCGCGAUUUGCUGCUUCCGCGCAUGCGCGUGACAUCAUUUUGAGCGUCUGCGCGAGCGGCGAAUCCUGGAAGUAACGUGCUCCGUUACUUCCAGGUCGCCGCAGAGCACAACCCGAAAAUAUUCUGUCCGAAGCUACUUCAACCCGAGGUAUGACAGUACUAGAUGUAGGAAGAAAGCACUCAAAACAAGAAUACACUGCAACACCAAAAAAGAUGGCAACAUAACAUUCUCCCCCAAAGAAAUAACCUCAGAAUUUGCAGAAUUUUGCUCCAACCUAUACACCUCUCAUAACCUACCUGAAGAGGAAAUCAGAAAAUUUCUAGCAGGACUGACCAUGCCUAUCUUAACUGAAGAGGAACAAGAAUUCAUGGACAGUCCUAUCACCCCAGAGGAAAUAGUUAUGGUCCUCAAAAACUUGAAACCACACAAAGCCCCAGGCCCAGAUGGCUUCACAGCAGAAUUGUAUAGGAAAUUCAAAGAACCCCUGAUGCCCUACAUGACCCGCCUAUUCAAUGACAUCAUGAAAGGUGGCCCAUCCCCAAACCUGGACCCACUCCAAAAUAGUCUCCAUCCCAAAACCAAUAAAAGAGGAAAAAAUACAGCAAACCAGAAAAUACAGCAGAUACAGCAAACAAGACAUCAAAAAAGUUUUGAGGCAACAAGAAAUAAGAUUAAUAUUUUUGUUCAAAACAUUACAGCUGGUGGGAUUUAAUUCUGAAUUUGAUCUCUCUGUGUUUAUUUGACCAUAGUUAUGGGCACUGAUAUCUGUAUGUGAAACACAUGUGAUGUAAGUAUUGUCAGCAUCUACCUCAUCCUUUCCUUCAUCCUCUCCUAUACCUCCUCAUUUUUCACUAACGUUAAACACCUGUUGAGCAAUCAGUAAUGAAAGAGUGUAUUUAUAUCCAGACCCAAACAGGGUAACCUUGCUAAGCAAAUCACUCUCUAAAUCUUAAGCCAAGAAAUAGUAUUCUCUAUGAAAUGUAAGUAUAUUUGUAUAAUUUUUUGUAGUAAGUCUGAUUUCACGUAUAAUGGAUAUGUAUCUUUGAUUUAAUUGAUUAUUUAGAAGAGCAUUAAGUUAUUUCUGAUAAGAUUUGGUUUUAAUUAUUAUUAGUGAAUAUCAAUAUGCGUAUCAAGGCUUUGAGAUUAGACCACUGAAGAAGCUUGGAAACCUACCUUGGGAGUGUGCUACCUGCAAGCCCCAGUAAAAGGGCCCCAUUGGGGGCGAACAGCAGCCUCUUGAUUACUUGGGCUGCCAGGGCGAAACAGGCGCAAAACGCCGGCACCCUGUCUACAACUUCACUAGCAUCUCUCGGUAUUGUGAAAAACACUGAACUUACCUUUUGUUGGUAUCUUCAUGAUCUUACCUAAAAAGAUAGAAACAAAAGACUGAGUUAAGCACUUGGAAAAUCCAUUGAAAUCACAUAUAAGUUCAUCUUAGGUUGGGCAGUUCGCAAGUCUCUGUGGCUUUGCAUAAGGUUUUGUAUUUUUCUCAGAAAAUUGAUAAAGAAUAUAUAAUCACUUUGAUAAUUAUUGUGUGUAUAUUAGUCGCCAAUGUGUUGCAUGAGUUGUACUACAGUGGUACCUCGGGUUAAGUACUUAAUUUGUUGCAGAGGUCCGUACUUAACCUGAAACUGUUCUUAACCUGAAGCACCACUUUAACUAAUGGGGCCUCCUGCUGCUGCCGCGCCGCCAGAGCCCAAUUUUUGUUCUCAUCCUAAAGCAAAGUUCUUAACCUGAAGCACUAUUUCUGGGUUAGCGGAGUCUGUAACCUGAAGCGUAUGUAACCUGAAGCGUAUGUAACCCGAGGUACCACUGUACUUCUAUCAGCAGCACAGAUUGCAUUUUUCUAGCAAAAGAAUAAUAAUGGCUGAAUGUGCAGUAAUUAAUUAAUAACAGUAUUAAUUUCAACAUUGGGGAGAUAUGAAAAGAAAAGAGAGCCAAAAGAAUAAUAAUGGCUGAAUGUGCAAGGAGGUUUCAGGGACUGACCCUGUCUCUCCCCCCCCCUCCCCCCAACGCUAAGGGAGGACUUAGCUCUUUUCUAGCAUCCUUUGGCUCUAGAUUCUGCCUUCCAUGGCAAGUUUAUCACUUUUGAUCGUGUUUGGCCAGUGGCCACCGAAGACAACACCGCCCCCCAUGGCUCCUCUGGUGAGUGAAUAGCCUCAUUGCACUUUUAUUAUUAGCUGCUAUUUAUUUGCGGGCCCACACACUAAACCAGGGGUCUGCAACCCGCGGCUCCGGAGCCGCAUGUGGCUCUUUUACACCUUUGCCGCGGCUCCGGGGCGGAUACUAGCGAGGGGAGGAGGCGCAUUGUGCGCCCCGACACUCCCCACUGUGGCAGGCGCUGUACUGGCUGUGACGUCGCAUGGGGGCGGGGCGGGCGUUAGUCACGCACCGUCCCGACGUCACCUUCCCGCCCGCCCACUACAUUGUAAGGGGCAUGUACGCUGGUCACUGCAUUGAAAGGGGGCAUGUACGCUGGUCACUGUUUUGAAGGGGAGUGAAGAACACACACACACAAAAAAGGUAACUUGUUAAUUUAACGUUUAUUUCUAUGAGGAGGAGUAAUUCUGAGGGGUCAAACAAAGAAAUAAUAAAAAAGUGACAAAAAAGUUAUUUUUAUAAUGACGAGUUUUGCGGCUCCCAGUUUUUUUUUCUUCGGAAACGGGUCCAAGUGGCUCUUUUUGUCUUAAAGGUUGCAGACCCCUGCACUAAACCCUGUCUGUGGUGCCUACCCUUUUCCCAAAUGAUGAGACAAGAGACCAGAGCAUGGGUUCAAAUUGGCCACAACUUUGAGCUUCAGAAGUGGGGAACUUGGCACAGGCCUUGGCAGGUAACCCUUCUCAGUCCACCUGGCUGAGGACAUGCAGGCAGAUGAGCGCCAGGGAGAGGGGGCUGCAAAGCACCAACUCCCACAGCAUGCCCUUCCACUGACCUCGUCCCGGGAGCUGGACCCACAGCUGAGAAGGCCGCAAAAUGCCUUUUGGGACUGGCGGAGUGCACCAAAAAGAAAAAAGGUUUUGUGGCCUAGCCUGGCGGAGGGGCCAAGCCCCCCCCCAUCCAGGCAAAACACCUAAAGGCCAGUCACUUCCCUCAAUACGGCCGCCAGGAAAGGGUCCUGAUGAUCUUGAUCCUGGAAGUGUAGCCUUAUGAGGCUUUGCCCUCGGGUGGGAAAAAAAUUGCGCCCGGGAAAGGGAAGGGGGAGUCAACAGACACUCAAGGAAUAGUUUCGGAGAAAAGGCUUUUAUUUCUACCAUCCAUGAACUGGUAGAAGGAGCAAGUGUGAUAAGUCACAAAAAGCAUGCACGAGUUCACAAUCAUGUGCACAAGCAUAUAUACCCCUUUCCAGUUCCCUCAGGAGUUCCUCUGAGCAUGAACAGAAAGCUGUCUUGGGACUAUUGUGGACUCUUGGCACCCUUCCCAGGAAAGGGGGGGGGGUGAGAAGCCAAGGGGUUUUCAGCAUGUUCAGAUAUGUUUCAAUCUCUUGUUCUGGCAUGGUUUCCGGACAGAAAGUAAGUUGCAAUGUGGUUCUUUAGCAAGGCCAGAAGACAUGAGAAAGGCCUGAGAAACAAUGGACUGUUCUCUACCUUUGUUACAGCAGAGCGGAAUGUUUCUGAUGCUUAGCUGCUGAGAAAAUGAUUUUGAAAAGUUUUGAGAAGCUUUGAGCCUGCUUUGGUGGGGGGUGUGUGACUUCGGGCCCAGGUGGGGUCACCUGUCCUCACCUUCCUUCAGAAGGAGGAAAACCAAGUGAGGCUUGGGCAAAGGGGUCCGCCUCUUUUCCUUGGCCUUAGCCCCACCCCCUUCUGGCCCAGGGCGGGGCAAAGGCCAGCCCAAGCAGGUGGGAGGCACCUGCCCAGGUGAGCCCCCCCCCCCGCUUGGUGCUGCAAACCCCGCCCACCUGUGGGGGAGGGAGGGUGGAAAUUAUUCAGAAUGGUUUUAGACUGCUCUCUCAUACAAAAAACCAAAACAUACAGUAGAUCAUAAUACACCACAAAAACGUUCACAAGUUUAAACAACUGGACACAGCGGCUGCAGACCCCCCAAGUGUCCCUAUUUUCCAAGGACAUCCCUGAUUUAGAGAAGCCGUCCCAGUUUCUGAUUUGAUCUCUGAAUGUCCCACUUUUCCCUACGAUGUCCCUAUUUUCACUGGAGAAAUGUUGGAGGGUAUGGUAGGAUGUCCCUAUUUUCAUUGGAGAUUUUUUUAAAAUAAUAAUUUUUUAUUAGUUUUCAUUUGCAGACCAAUAAUGGUCUCAUUAUAACAAUACCAAUAUACAAUACAAUUAUUCAUACCAAUCAUUCAAAUAUUCAAUUAUAUAAUUUAGAUAAAGUGGGGCCCCGUGUGCUAGAUUUGAUGGUCUUCUUUAUUCCCCAUUCCAAAAUCUUAUUCAACUAACAUUCUGGUCAUAAUAAUAAUAAUAAUAAUAAUAAUCCCUUAUAAAACAACUGCAAUAUUAAUAAGGUCUAUUUGUGUGUUGACACAUUAAAUGAUUUAUAACAUUGCAAGUGAGGAACUCAAACUAUAUCCUCCUCCUUCCUGGGGAUAGCAAUUAUUCUGUGGUAUUUCUUCCUGUCCUUGUCUUUCUUCCACCCCCCGCACCCCGAUUGUUGCUGUUCUGGGUCGUGCCUUGGGCGAAGCUGAUAUCCCUUUGGUUGGGUGGGUCACCUGCCAUUUUCUGCUGCUCCCCUUUCCUCACCCACCACUGCUUCCAUUUCUUCUCCAGUCAUGCUACUAACUUGUUCAGUGCUCUGCAGCAUAGCCACAUAUGUAUUAUUAUUUUCUUUUAAGCCCUUGAAUUGGCAUAAAACCAGAAAACUGCACAAGCAGUUUAAAAAUAAAAAUACACAAUGACUUUUAAUCUAUGAGGCACCUGCUGAGAAUUAGCCAUUGUCUCCUUUUCUUUUCCAGCUGUGCUCCUAACUAUUUCUGGUGCUCAGAGAAGUAGUCCUACAUUCUUUUCUUCCCUUAGAUUUGUACAAACUCCCCAAAACUUCCCAACCAAACAGUAUUAAAACUGUGUGCGGAAAAUUGACAUUUGUUGGUGUGCUUUAGCCUCAUUAAUGAAUGCAAUCUGAAUUGUUCUUAACAAUAAAUAUAACAAGGAAAGAGAAAUAAAGACCAGAUACAUCUUUUCCUUCUCAUAAAGGAGCCCAAAGCUCUCUUUGAAAGUAGUCUAGAAUGAUGCACAUGAACCCUCACUGAGGGAUGUUAUUGGUGAAGUUUCCCCCCCAAAGUAUACCAAAUUUGGCACUCUGUAUAGUCAGUACCAGUGUCCUCAAAGGGCUGAAGAUGUAGCUUAAAACCAAAUUGGGUGUCUUUCAGGACAGAAAUGUGCCAUGAAAGGGCAGGUCAAUACAUAAACAAAGCAACCACACAACUUAAGCUACUCCUAAAAUACUUCCUUUUCCCAUACAUCAAUUUCCUUAGUUCCUCUCUGACCGCUGUUCUGCCUAGAGGGUGCCUUUCUCCAGUGGGGGGUCCGCCAUCCCCGGGAUAAGGAACGGACUCUUGGGUCAGGCCCCAAAGGAUCAGGCUGCUUGCGGUCUCUGGAAGCUUCUCGGAGCAUGCCAGUGCCUGACCUCCAGGCCUGAGGGGCAGAAUUCUUGGGGUGAAUUCGUGGCAGCUGAAGGCCCCAUACCCGUCACCCCACCCACUUGACACUUGCUCCCCGAAAGCCGCCUGAGGUGGUGGAGAAGCCCCCUGGCUGCCCUCUGGGGCUCUUCCACGUCUCCCUUGAGGUGCCCAAAUGGGAGGCUUCUGAGGCGAUGAGUUUGCUUCUAGAUUCCGUUAUCAGGGAUUAUUUUACACACCUUUGAUGCAACUGGGUACUACUGUUUAAACUUUCCCUUUUUCUUUUGUAUUGUAGAAACAGACUUGUUUUUUGCCCCCAAAAAAAAGUGCUAUUAUUAAAACAAGAUGUCUGAGUCCCUAUUGGUUUCGGCUGUUUUUUGUUAAAUUUCUUUUUUUUUUAAAGAUAUUUAUUAAGAGUUUACAAGUUACAGAAAAAGCAAGAGAACAAUAAAGAAUUAAACAAAGCAAAACAAUACCUUACAAUACAUAAAAAAAAAUAAAACAAUAAAACAAUACAAUAAAACAACAAAAAACAGAACAAAAACAUUUAAAAACACAUCCAACCUUUCCAUAUCUUUACCUUUCAUAUACUUGUUUCAUCGACCUCCUCACACCUCCCUUUUUGUAUUCUAGUUCAAUUAGCUAUUUCAGCAAGUCCUUUCCAUCUUUCUCAAUUUUCGUUCUAAAAUUUAACUUAAGACAUUCUAACCUUAAAUUUUCCACUUUGGUCCAUUAACAAUCUAUUUUUACUUAAUUCUUUAUAACAUUUCUGCUAAAGCCAUAUAGCUUCAUUCCAGCAUCCUUCUAACAUUCAUUAAUUUUGCAAUAUUUCUGUAAAUAUACUUUAAUUUUUUUCCCAAUCUUCUUCCACCGACUCUUCUCCCUGGUCUCGGAUUCUGCCAAUCAUUUCCGCCAGUUCCAUGUAGUCCAUCAGCUUCAUCUGCCAUUCUUCCCUGGUGGGUAAAUCUUGUGUCUUCCAGUGCUUUGCAAUAAGUAUUCUUGCUGCUGUUGUGGCAUACAUAAAGAAAGUUCUAUCCUUCUUUGGCACCAAUUGGCCUACCAUGCCCAGGAGAAAGGCCUCUGGUUUCUUUACAAAGGUAUAUUUAAAUACCUUUUUCAUUUCAUUAUAGAUCAUCUCCCAGAACGCCUUGAUCUUUGGGCAUGUCCUUUUUCUUUUCUUUUUUUAAAAAACAUUUAUUUCCAUACAAACAAACAAAAACACACUAACACUACAUACCAAGAAAAAAUAAUAGAAACAUUGAACAACAACCUACUUAAACAUACAAAAAAUUAAAAUUACCUACACCCACGUGACUUCCUCUGGCUUUUUUCCUAUAGAGAUUUUGAGCAUCUUUUAAAAUUCCUCAUGAAUACAACCCCCAAAUUUUUAACUCUUCCGCAGGGGGGAAGGGGCAUAUUUAGGGAGAGUUCCAGGGGGCAGGGGGGCAUAUUCGGGGGUGGGCUGAAGGGAGAGGGAGCAGAGGAGGGGGGCAAGGACUGAGGGGGACUCGGGGAGGGGGGAAGGAGGGAGGGGGAUGUCUUCGGGGAAGAUCUCAGGGGGGAUAUUCGUGGAGGGGGGAAGGGGCGAGCGGGGAGGGGGGAAGAGGGGAGGGGGAUAUUUUCAGCAACUUCAGGGGGAGGGGAGAAGGCGGGAGGGAGAUGUAUUGGGGAAGAUCUCAGGGGGGAGGGGGGCAUACUUGGGAAGGGGGGCAGAUUGGGGGAGGGGUUCAGGGGGGAGGGGGGCAGGGAGGGAUGGUCUGGGUCCUGGCGCCUGUAGCAAGACAUCUAUCCGUCUGCAACUGCCUUGGACUUCUCUGGCGUCUCCAGGGACACUGGAACCCAGGCAUUGUGACACAAAUGACUGCAAAUCCCAGGCAACCAAAUGGGGAUCCUCCAAUUUGUGGGUCAAAUUGGUUGUCCAUGAUCAAGUAAAAGAAUAGGGGGCACAUGGGAGGGGGGGCUCUUAAAAAAGUUUUUGCCAUGCUCAUGUUUGCACAUGAAAUGGUGGUUUUCAAUUACUCAGAGCAGACCCAUUUAAAUUAUUCAACAUUACUAAAUUACGGUAGAUCCACUAUUUAAAUGUCUAAUUCUCGUGCUCAUAGUUGGUUAAACACGCUGUGAUGAUGGCAGGUGAUAGAUGCACAAGGUAGCAGCAACAGUACCCCUGGCACAUACUUAGCAAGGUCCUAGUAUGCUCGCUUCUUGCGAAAAUUAUGAAACGUAUCAAAUGUAAAGAAGAAAGGGUAAAAUCAAACCCUUCAAGAGCAGGUAGACUAAUCUGAUGUCUACUGCAUUUGGAUUUUGCCUUUAUUAAAUAACCCCAACGGUUUCCCAUAUGUAAAGGAAUAAAACCUCCUAUUCAGUACAAUAACGUUUUGUUCCUUCAAAACAGUCCUUCAAGGCGUGAUGCCAUAUCCCAUUGCAACUUCAAAUAAAACCCUCUUGAACUUGUCCUGAAGAGUUUGUACUUGGAAGACUGACCAAGUGAUGCCAACUUCAGGAGAGUCUUGUUAGUUGUAGAGAACUUCUUGCUCCUUUUUGUCCAGAGAUCAUUUGCUGUGACAUUUUUGGGUCUUGCUUCAAGUGUGUGGAUUUUCUCUUCUUUGUCUUCCUCCGAUGCUGAGGUCCUCUGCAGUAAUGAGCACAAGGGAAAGAUUAGCAUUAACUACAGGGGCUGUAAUGGGCCCUUUGUUUAUCCUCAUCAGUAGCUAAAACAAGAGAGCUAAUGUGGUGUAGUGCAGGAUUGGGCAACAGUUUUGGCCUGGCAGGUCAAAUCUUGAUCUCCAUAAUGAUGCCAGGUGACUGACAAAUGGGUGAAGCAAGGAACUGAUGCAUAGGGACUUCUUUCUAGCCACAGGCAUGACACCUACCCCACAUCUAACAUCACAUAUUAUGUCAGUUGUGGGGUAGGUGGGUGUGGUUUGGAGAAUACAGCCUUGCAGUUAAAAUGGAGAGUUCUAGCUUACCAAAUCUGACCCACAGGAUAGAGGUUCCCCACUUUUGUUGCAGAGGUUGGCGUGUUGAUCUGGACUCAUGUUCAAAUCCCCACUUAGCUCCCUAGGCAAUAUUGGGCCAGUAGGUAUCUCUCAGUCUAACUUUUACCUCACAGGAUUUUUGUGAAAGUAAAUGGCAGGGGGAAGAACAUGUCUGUCACUUGGAGAUCCUUGGAAGAAGGGCAGAAGAUAAAUGCACUAAAUAAAUAAAAACAGUCUAUCGAAUAUUUCCAUUAUCUUGGAUGACAAACAGUAGGAGAAGAGUUUUCCAUUCUUCCCUUCCAGCCCCUUCUCUCUAUGAACUGGACCCAAAGAUUUUCAUGCUUAAAGUAGACCCUUUGAAAGUGGAAUUUAAAUUAGUCUGGAUCCGGUUUGUAGUAGGCCUGGGUUUAAACUACACAGGUCUUUCACAAUGAUAGCUAGUUGAGCUUUUAUAUCUGACUCCCUCUAGAAACGCCAUUCCAUACUAUACAAAGCUGAACAAUGAUAUAAGCAGCAUAGGGCACCAUGUUUUCAGGAACAGACUUCGCAGCUGGCAUGGCCAGGAUUACUGGUACACUGAAGCAAACGGACUGGCCUGUUACAAGACAUAAGAAAUACACUAGCAACUUCAUUUGCAUUUAGUGGCUGUUUUAGUCAAAGACAGUGUUGAAGAGCACAGGUGCCAUUUAAUAAAAUAAUUACUUAAAUAAUCUCAGAUAUCCCUGUCUUUCUGUCUUCACAACAUGAGGGCUAUUUCCAUUGCUUCAUAUAACAGAAUAAACCAGGGGUUGGCAAACUAUGGCCCCCGGUCGUCUCACGGACUAUUGACCCAUACACCACUAAUCCACUGCCACCAACCAGGUCCUCUCCGGUAAAAUCACUUCAGCUUCAGUCAGGUUCUCAAUUAAUAAAAAAGAGUGUAUUUUAUUUCAGACACAAACAAGCUUUUCCGGCAUUCCAAACAUUACUCUUUACUUUCUUAGUCUUAUUUCCCACUCUCUAUCUCUUCUACCUCCCCUCACUCAAGAACCCACUGCCCUAACUGUCUCUCUAUUACCAACUGCCUACCAACUGCUUCUCCAACUGCCUUUCCCAACCAGCCAACCCACUAAAACCAACCAACUACCCAACAACAACUCCCAACAACAACUCAAACCUCUGGCUAAGCCCUUUUAUACACAGGUAGGCUCUGCCUCCGGCUUUCCUAUUGGUCUAUAUUUUUAACCCUAUCUCUCCCCCCUGUUCAAACAUUUUCUAAAUGAACAGGCAAACGCCACAGCCUGCUUCUUGGGAGAAAAGCAAUGACAAACCUGGACAGCAUCUUAAAAAGCAGAGACAUCACCUUGCCAACAAAGGUCCGUAGAGUUAAAGCUAUGGUUUUCCCAGUAGUGAUGUACGGAAGUGAGAGCUGGACCAUAAAGAAGGCUGAUCGCCGAAGAAUGGAUGCUUUUGAAUUCUGGUGCUGGAGGAGACUCUUGAGAGUCCCAUGGACUGCAAGAAGAUCAAACCUGUCCAUUCUGAAGGAAAUCAGCCCUGAGUGCUCACUGGAAGGACAGAUCCUGAAGCUGAGGCUCCAAGACUUUGGCCCCCUCAUGAGAAGAGAAGACUCCCUGGAAAAGACCCUGAUGUUGGGAAAGAUGGAGGGCACAAGGAGAAGGGGACGACAGAGGACGAGAUGGUUGGCCAGUGUUCUCGAAGCUACCAGCAUGAGGGAGGCAGUGGAAGACAGGAGUGCCUGGCGUGCUCUGGUCCAUGGGGUCACGAAGAGUCGGACACGACUAAACGACUAAACAACAACAAAAGGUGCUGGAAGUUUGAGCUCUGUGAGGUUAAUGCUGUGAACAAACUAUAGUUCCCAGGACUCUUUGGGGGAGACGCUGAUGAUGUGGAUCAGAUAAUAAUAACAAUAACAACAAUAAUAAUAAUACGCUGAAUUAAUACGCCCCAUCGUUCUGCCCGGACACUGAGGUCCAGCUCUGAGGGCCUUCUGGCGGUUCCCUCCCUGCAAGAAGCCAAGUUACAGGGAACCAGGCAGAGGGCCUUCUCGGUGGCAGCACCCGCCCUGUGGAACGCCCUCCCAUCAGAUGUCAAGGAAAUAAGCAACUAUCCUACUUUUAAAAGAAGGCAGCCCUGUUUAGGGAAGUUUUUAAUGUUUGAUUGGGAGCUGCCCUGAGUGGCUGGGGAAACCCAGCCAGAUGGGCAGGGUAUGAAUAAUAAAUUAUUACUAUUUAUUAUUAUUAUUAUUAUUAUUAUUUAUUAUCUGAUCUGUAAGUUCAGUUCUGUGUUGCAUGGAUGAAGGGUGGCAUAUAUUCAUAAAAUUUUACACCACUUAGUGGUAACCCCCCCCCAAAUGGUUUAUGAAAAGAUAAAGCAAGAAAAAAGUUCACAACCAUACUUUAAAACAUAUUUAAGUUAAAACACUAAAACAGUUUAAAAUUACCUCAAAAUAUGAAGUCCCUUGGCUGAAAUGCAGAGCUGGCCAGCUGUGAUAUUUUUAGGGUCAGCGCGAAUCUGCUUCAGGGGCUGGAAAUGUAUUUUGCCCAACCAGGGGUGCUCAGGUUGUGGGGAAUUGUUGGCACCACCUAAAGGUAAGAGCUUUUUGCACAUGGCGCACAUGCAUUUGGGCCGCUUGGGGCUUGGCACAUCACAAAGAGCAAUGUGACAUUGAAGUGUUUAGUGUUUCUUAUCUCUUAAAAAUCACAAAGAUGUUUCUUAGGAGUGGGAAUGUUUUCUGCCACAUUUUGAUUAAAAGCUGUCUGCCAGUUGCUAGAUAAAAUUACUUUGUGGCCACUUGGCUGUCCCUGCAAUAUGAUCUGAAUUUUGCCCUUCUACCUAUUAGCAGGUGUGACUUCAGAACAUGUUCCGGCUACAUCCAAGAACAGCAAGCCCCGAACCCUUGUUUCCUCCGCACCCAGCUUCCCACCACCUAGGAAGGUGGGAAACUCUCCUCAUUUGGAGGUUCAUUAA